AUGUCUAGGGUACCUAUUUUUCCGAUUUUUGUCCUUACAUUCUUGUUGUUCGUGUCAGGUGUGACUUCAAGAAGCGUAGUGAAUGGGGUUCUGCCAGCCACGUACAUGGUUGAGCCCCUACUGGAGGAAUUCAAUACAUCAGACAUCUGCCCGGCGCCGACCGUUUUAUUUUGGCUCGGCGCCUCGUUUAAGGUGUGGACGCGGCUACACUCCUUUAGCUGCCCUGCACAAAAUAUUGCUGGUGCCGUUUCCGCCGGCCAGGCGGGCUGGGAUACCUAUGAUACAGAGGAGGAAGAGGAAGUGAUGCGAUCCACUCACGUGAACUUACUUCGAAGGAUUCACUCAAUGGUCCCCGAUCCCCAAUAUUUUCUCCGUCUGUACGAACCUCGCCAUGCACUAGCAAUACUGUCACUUAUACCUGAAAUUGAAAUGUGGGUAAGGUCAAAUCGAAGCAUCGGCAUGCAUCCAUUUACAUACCAGCAUGUCAUUUCUCAGAUAGAAGCCUUCACGAAUGAAACGAUCGCUUCGCUUCUAGACCCUAUGGCUGCCAAUUUCAGUGUUGAUGGGUUGAAUUCAUCUCAGAACCAUCCAAGUGAGGUAUACUGCGAAAGCGCUGAGAGGUGCUUUUUGGAGAAGACCGCGCCGUUGUACGCCCAGCAUGCUCGCAACGUCCUCGCACAGAAGCCCUGGCUGAUUGUGAAGGAUUCUGUCUUUCAGAAGGCACUUUCGAUCUAUCAGGCCCACGUCUAUCGCGGAACCAUCGUUCGCAGCUUUUCGUUUCCUACAUUCUCGAAGGCCCGCGUGGAGCAUCUUUUGCGGCUCGUCCAGUGCCUGUGGGACCGUGUGGAGGAGAAGCUUGAGCAGCAAUCGACGCGGUCGCCGCUUCUUCCCGGGAUCGAUUUGGAUGAAGUGAUCGGGCCGCCUCAGCCGAUUCCCAACCCCACAACCGGCGUGUGGUCAUCUCGGCUUACGCCGCCUCCAAAAGUGCAGGUGGCGAUCCCAACCCACAAACGUUAUCGGCAUCAUCCGUGGAAACCAAUCCUGCCCACCGCUGUGGUUUAUCGGUACUCGGAUAAGUGUAAAUGGUGCGAUACGUACGGAGUGGCGUUCGAUCUACUCCCGGCGAUUUACCGACGGAUUUGUGAGCACGGACACCGCAGUGUGGUGAGCUGCAGCCCUAUCAUACUUUUCAUACGGAUGCAGGAAACUCGUGUGUUUAGCCGUCUGCCCAAUAUUUUGGUGUACUCGCGUUCCACACACUUAAGACUUUGGGACGAGGAGCUUUUAUCUAGUCAAUGGAGUUGGAGAGCCCGAGAAAAGAACAGAAGGGGCGAUCAUGAAAGAAACAGAAAUAGCAUCGAUGCCGAAGAUCUAUUAGACUACAUGGAUAUCGACGAACUUCGUGAAUUUCUUCGUCAGCCUGAUGACUUUAGGGGAGUGUCUUUGCCUCAUUUGUACCGUAAAAAUCCAGAGAUCAACAGCGUAAUUUUAUCUAUCCUCAUGACGCUUGUUAAACAUGGAAGUAUCCAGCUUCGUUUGCUUUCACCGGAAGAAUUAUCAGAAAUUCGUAAAUCCAAUCAAGAAUCUAUGGAGAACGAAGAAAAACUUAAACAAAGUAAUAUAGGAGCAUCCUUUGAGGAGGACAGCCCUAAUAGAUCAUUCCCUUCUAAGAAUGUGGAGCUCCCCAAAAAGGUUAAAAAUGUGGCCACCAUUGACAAGUGCCUAAAUAGCCUCAUCGAGUAUCAUAUGAAUGAAAUGUACGGCAACAGCUCACAAUCAGAUGCAGGAAAUAAAAUCAAAAAUCAAAAAAGCGCUAUCUCGUUCCAUUCGAGACAUUCUUCUUGGCAUGAGUUGGUAUGGUCACAAAUGAAAAAACCUUAUGAACACGUUCAACUUUUUUAUGUUAUAUUGCUGAUUCUGCUUGUCAUAGAACAAUACCGAUGGAACCGACACCAGAAGGACAAAGUUUGGUAA